GGAUUGGUUUAUUGUACGGAGUUGACGGGCCGUGGUGCACAAGCGCCCUAAGUCUGUGGUAAUCUGUGUAGAAAAGUAAAAUCGUGUUCAUGUUUUUUUGCGAUUUCUAAUGUAGAUUUUCAAUUAAGUUUAAAUUGUAGGCGACUCGAAAACGAGUCCUUUACCUAAAAUAUUUUCCAAAAAUUUGUGAAACAUGGCUCUUAAUAGACUAUUUGCUAAUUUAUCAAUUACAUCGACAUAUAUUUGUAGACAGCGAAUUCACACCUGUACUGUUAGUUUUGCUAGCAAGCCUAAUAUUAUUAAGCCAAGACCAGGCUUUGGUAAAGCUUACAGGCGUAUCGUACACUUUCCAGAAGAGUACACCGUGAAACCAUUAGAGGUUACAAAUUUAGCGGGCAGGGACCCAAUUACUGGUAGAGUUGUGGCUAAAGGUAUCGGUGGAGGUAUCAAACAUAAAUACCAUUGGAUAGCAUGGGUUAGGGAUGGGCCCAAAGAAGGUCCACCACAAGAAGAGAAAGUGAUACAGGUUAUGGAAGAUGGAUGUAGAACUUCAAAUAUUGCCCUUGUCGCUGUUGGUGAUAAACUAAAGUACAUAUUAGCAACAGAGAACAUGAAGGCAGGAGACAUAUUGAAGACUUCUAGAGAUCUACCAAGGAUACCCGUUAGAGCUAAUGAAGGAGAUGCUUAUGUAUUAGGUGCUUUGCCAUUUGGUACAAUUGUACAUUGUAUUGAAAAAGAUCCAGGACAUGGCGGUCUAUAUAUCCAUGCAGCUGGAACAUAUGGAACUAUUCUCAGGAAACAAGAGGACAGAGUUAUAGUUCAGAUGCCUUCUAAAAGAUUGUUCAGCUUUGAUCAACAUUGUAUGGCUGUUGUAGGUAGAUUAUCAAACAUUGAGCACGGCAACACACCUAUUGGUUCUCCUCAGCGCAACAGGUGGCUCGGAAAUCGACCAAGGUCUGGUCUAUGGAAAAGAAAAGACGGUAGACACGGAAGAAAGAUCAGACCCCCUAAGCCGGUCAAGGAAAUUGCACACAAUACCAAGUCAAAAAUACCUGCAAUCCAGAUGACAAUGCAUCCUUAGAAUGCAUGUAUAUAGAUGAAUGAAUGAUUGUUAUAAUAAAAUUAAGAUUGUAUUUAG